GAAUCACACACUGAAUCGAAUCAAGUAUAUAUAACAGAGCAACAUAUUAAAUAUGAGGAAGAUCACUCCAUAUGAUACCCAACGUCAUCAGUAUAAUGAUGAUGUGUUUUUGAUGACUGAUCUAAUUUUUGAACAUGAACGAAAUGGAUUGUUCAAUCGAAAGUUCGAGACCUCCUAUGUGUAUGCUAUAAUUAAAUCAUGAAGCUGAUUGUGGAGAAAAAGACACUCUUGUAUAUCGUAUUCGGCGGCUUAUUUCUUAUCAUUUUAGGUGUCAUUCUAGGUUUCAAAGUUCUGCCGAAAGUGGUCGAGAAAAAAGUUUGGGAGAAUGUUGUUCUCCAAGAGAACACUGAGCAAUGGGAAAUGUUCAAAGAAAUGCCUUUUCCGUUCACAUUCAAGGUUUAUUUUUUCCACGUGGAAAAUCCCCAGGGUAUAUUGAGUGGAGAAAAACCAGUUUUAUCUGAAAAAGGCCCAUAUAUUUAUGAUUUAUUCCACUGGAAAACAGAUAUUUCUUGGGAAGAUGAAUACAUCUCUUACUACGAAUGGUCUAAUUUCAUCUUCAAUUCCAAAGCUUCUGGAAAGUUGAAAGACGAUGAUGAAGUAACAGUACUUAAUGCACCCUAUAAUGGUUUGUUCAUCAAUGUUGAAGAGAUUUCUCCAAAUGCACUAGAAGCAGUCAGUGGAGUUACUGAAGGCAUAUUUGGCGAUAAAGACAGCCUUUUCGUUAAGGUCAAAGUGAAGGAUUACUUAUUUAACGGAUUUCCAGUUUGCGAGGAUCCGAGUAAAAAAGGAUUUCUAAUCGAUACAGUGUGCAAACAGAUGAAAGCUAGAGCAGGAAAAGGCUUAAGAAUUGACGGCAACAGGUUACUAGCUGCCCAGCUACAUCACAAAAAUAUGACACAUCUAGGAAAGUUCACAAUAAAUUCUGGAUCCAAGGAGAAGGAAAAAGUAGCCACUUUAACAAAACACGAUGACAAACUUUACCUGGAUACAUGGAGAGGCGGAAAUAAAUCAGACUGCAAUCAAAUCAGAGGGGUAGUUUCUUUUCCUGCGUUCAUAAAAAAAGAAAUGAAAUUCGAUACUUUCAGUGAGGAUAUAUGCAGAGUGAUGACCCUUUCUUUCAACAAGACAGAAAGGGUGAAAGGAAUUCAGGGCUACAAAUUCACAUUGAUGAAUAAUUCGAUGGAUUCUUCAAAACGUAACGAAGGAAACUUCUGUUAUUGUAUAAACCGUACGCGCACAUUGAAUGGAGAAUUCGGUUGUUUGAAAGAUGGUGUGCUCGAUUUGACAAACUGUAUCGGAACCCAGAUUUUGUUGUCAUUUCCUCAUUUCUUGUACGCCGACAAAGAAUAUCAGAAUAGUGUUGAGGGAUUAUCACCAAAUGCCGAUUCACAUGAAACUUUCGUCACGUUAGAACCGACAUCUGGAGUCCCAUUGAAAGUGGCUAAAAGAGUUCAAUUCAACAUGUUUCUACGUGCCAUAGAAGAUGUUCCAAUGAUAGAGAACCUGACCAAUGCUCUUUUACCAUUAUUUUGGGUCGAAGAGAGUUUGAUUUUACCGGAUAAGUAUACUGAUAAAAUAAAAAAGGAACUUCUCAACAAACUUCUCAUUCUGGAGAUAUUCAAAUAUACCCUCAUCAUCACAGGAUUAGCAGCAGUAUUGAUACCUGGAUUUCUAUUGAUAUACCUGCGUUAAAAAUAUUGUAAAAAGUGGAUUUUUCUCAACACUCAAGAUUUGGGUAAACAAAAUAAUCAAU